AAUUCUGAAGACAUUCUUAAGUAACUGCCCAUUUUAUACACUUCUACAUGGUAUAUUUAUCAGGUGCUGCCCUAUGUGUCCUUGAACAGAAGCCAGAGCUGUGUGUGUGUGUGUGUGCGUGUGUGUGUGUGUGUGAGGUAAGAGUCUGAGACAUGCGCUACAUGCUUUGUACUGUUGUCCUACUCAUCUUUCCUGUGUUGGGACAGUGGGGUGAAAGUGUCUCAGAUGCAGGAGAUGGAGGUCAUGAGUUCUUUCACGCACCAGAUCACUACGACUUUGCUCUUCAGCUGUCUGGCACAGAGUCACAGUGCUACUGGCACUUUGCUCGUCAGAAUGGCCGCUUUUACCUGACUUACAUGGUUCAGUGGGUGUCUGGGAUGACUGCAAACAGACACAUGGCGGUAUCUAUUUUCUCUCCUAAGGGCAUCCUCCUUUCCUACACUGAUAACAGUAUGGGCCAGAUGAACUUUCAAGUAAAGGAGACAGGUUUUUACCAGAUGUGUUUUGCCAACUAUCACAACCAUUUCGGUGAUAUGCGAGUCUUCCUGAACUUCGGGGUGUUCUAUGAAGAGGAGGCUGAGGCUGAGAAGGAGAAGAAAAUGGACGAAGAGAUUGUAAACAGCACUCUUUCCAACAUUAAGGAUAUUUCAAAUAAGAUACGGCUUCGAAUCCAGCACAUGUGGCGUUUCUAUAAUGUAGCACGGAUGCGCAGAGGGGCUGAUUACUUCCUGCUUCAGUCCAAGUCCUACUAUGUGAAUGCCUGGUCUCUCCUCCAGAGCUUUGUCAUAAUCAUGGCUGGAUAUCUGCAGCUCUUCUUCCUCAAGAAGUUCUUCAGGACAGAUGAAAACCGGCAUCGCUGCUGAGAGAGAAAGAGAGAGAGGCAGAGCUGAAACCUCAAAACUGGCUUGUUUUUUGUUUGCUCUUUGAGUCCUGAUUUGACAGUAAAAUAGGAUGGACAGUUUGUACUAUGAAUGUAGAUGUUUUUCACAGUAAACCAUAUAAUCUGAGUUUGGACCAUGUGAGUAAUGAGAUGUUGUUUCCUCAUUGGUUGCUACGGGCAACACACAGCUAGUUUAAAUCUGAUGCUCUUCAAAACAAUGCUGGAUACUUUAAUAUAAAAUAAAAUAUUACAGUUGGAUACUGUGUUGUACGUCACUAAUCUUAUGUCAAUUAAUUCAGUGGUUUAUUAAGUAAAAAUUCAUUAGUUUUGGUGUGAAAAACAAAUUUGUUUAAAUUAGUGUUUGAAUAUGUGUUUGGUACAGAUUUAUAAUCCAAGGUCCACAAGCUAAGACUUUUUUUUAAAAAGCUUUUUAAAGACAUUGGAAAAUUAGAAAACCUGAGCUGGGGUUACAGACUGUGCGGAGAUUGGCAUAUUAUCCCCAUGUCUGUGUUGGUUUCUUCCAGAUUCUCUGGUUUCCUCCCACCUCCCAAAAACAUGCCAGCAGGCGAACUGGAUAUGAUAAACUGCCCCUAGGUGUGUA